CGCUGGGAGCGGCCUGGGCCCGGCGAAGCCCGGCCGGCCUCGGGUGCCAUGGCCUCGCGGCUCCUGCACCGGCUGCGGCACGCCCUGGCCGGCGACAACCCGGGGGAGGCGGCGACCGGCCCGGAGGCCGAGCAGUUCCCUGAGAGCUCGGAGCUGGAGGACGACGACGCCGAGGGCCUGUCCUCCCGCCUCAGCGGCACCCUCAGCUUCACUAGCGCCGAGGACGAAGAGGACGACGACGAGGAGGACGACGGGGAGGUUGGCCCCGACCCGCAGCCCUCUGGGGACGGGGCGUCGGGAGAAGAUGCAGAUCGGAGCCUCCCACCUGAUGGACAGCGGGGCAGUCAGCCCCUGGCAAGGCAGUUGCAGGAUUUCUGGAAGAAGUCCCGCAACACUCUGGUGCCCCAGCGGCUGCUCUUCGAGGUGACCAGCGCUAACGUAGUCAAGGAUCCACCCUCCAAGUACGUGCUCUACACCCUCGCCGUGAUGGGUCCAGGGCCACCUGAUUGCCAGCCUGCCCAGAUCUCUCGCCGCUACUCGGACUUUGAGCGGCUGCACCGAAACCUGCAGCGACAGUUCCGGGGCUCCAUGGCCGCCAUCUCAUUCCCCCGGAAGCGCCUGCGCCGGAAUUUUACGGCAGAGACCAUCGCCCGCCGCAGCCGGGCCUUCGAGCAGUUUUUGAGCCACCUGCAGGCAGUGCCUGAGUUGCGCCUUGCCCCAGACCUGCAGGACUUCUUCGUACUGCCCGAGCUGCAGCGGGCCCAGAGCCUCACCUGCACCGGCCUCUAUCAUGAGGCUCUGGCGCUCUGGGCCAACGCCUGGCAGCUGCAGACCCAGCUAGGUACCCCCUUGGGCCCAGACCGACCUCUGCUGACCCUGGCUGGGCUGGCUGUGUGCCACCAGGAGCUGGAAGAUCCUGGGGAAGCCCGGGCAUGCUGUGAGAGGGCCUUGCAACUGCUGGGGGACAAGAACCCCCACCCUCUGUUGGCACCCUUUCUGGAGGCCCACGUCCGGCUCUCCUGGCGCCUGGGCCUGGACAAACGCCAAUCAGAGGCCCGGCUCCAGGCCCUGCAGGAGGCAGGCCUGACCCCCACGCCACCCCCCAGUCUCAAAGAAUUGCUCAUCAAGGAGGUACUGGACUGACUUUGCCUAGACUUCAGGCCACUGUGGGGAGAGGCACCGCCCCGGGAUGGAGGGUGGAGGUGAGCAAGGAGGACAUGAAUAGCAGUUGGGAAGCUGUAGGGGGUGCUGGGAACCCCUAGAAGCCCUAUGAAGGAUUUGUAGCACACCAAGGAACCAUGUUCCUUCUGUCGAGCUGGGCUCAGGACAAGUUUGGCCGGGGUUGCCCUGGGGUGGUGUAGGGAGCAAGUCUGAUGCAGCCUCUCCAGCUCAUGAGUGUCUGGGGACCGUGCCCCAGUGUCGGUCGGCAUUACCUCUUCCUUGGCCGCACGGCCAGCAACUCUUCCUCUGGAGUCCUGGAGUAUGGCUGUCGUCUGGCCCAGGGGAAUUAAAGGCCAGCAGCUCCA